AUGAACACAGUAAGUAUAGAAAUCCUCGACCCUUCAAAAUAUCAAGAUAGACAGACCGAGAAUGACGCACCAGGUAAAAUCGUUUUGGUAUCUCCACUCAACCUCUCACAAAUAUGUGAGUAAUAGCUAACAUCUACAGGAUCGGCUGGGGAUCUCUCAUCGUCGGUAUGCUCUUCUCUCACCUACCGUAGUCAAACUGUAGAACUGACAAUUGCAAGCUGGCGGUGGGGCCUACUACUUCGCCAAACGGCAAAUUAACGCAGACCGACGAGAGAAGCAUUUGAAACGUCAGCAGUUGCAGCAACAACAAUGUCUGACCUGACCCACUAUAUGGGAUAUGCCACUAUACUCACUGACCGUGACUAGACAAUAUACUCUAUCCCGGGAACGAUCCCGCUGGACACCCAUCGGCCGAAAGCUGUAACGAUCCUGCUCCGGCAAGACAGGAACCACAGAAAGAACAGGAGAUCAACGGGAAGAGCAAAUACGAGGCAUCAACAGUGUAUAAGAGGCCGAAAGGUGAUAGGCUUAGCUGA